CUCUUAAAUCCCCUGAAUCCGACGCAAGCCGAUGGAAGGGCUUGUCGUCGCCGAGUUCGUCAUGGGAGACCGAGAGGAGGAAGUGCCAAGGGUAGCGGAGGAGCUAUCGGAAGAUGAGGAGGACUCGUGGUCCUCCGAGUCGGAGGUGGGAGAGGCUUUGGACUGGCUGGACCUGAGGGAUGGACCCGACGGCGAAGGCGCGUCGGCCUCCUUCUCGCUCGCGUCCUCGCAUCGCCCCAACGCCCACGGCGGCCUCCUCUCCCGGCCCCUCCAACCCCUUUCAAACCGCAACCAGAAAUACUCCACCCACAUCCGGGCUAAUCCUUUAGAGGAAUGGGAAGGAAGAACGGACGUGGGCAUGUCAAACUCGGUGACGACUGCAAUCAGGGACAGUGUUCGAGAUAUGGCGAUAGGUAGAACAAGGAAUACAGAGAAAGCUGACAGGGCUACUGUUGAGCAGGCCAUUGACCCUAGAACUCGCAUGGUGUUGUUCAAGAUGCUGAACCGUGGAGUCUUCCAUGAUAUUAAUGGUUGCAUAUCUACUGGAAAAGAGGCAAAUGUUUAUCAUGCAACAAAAGCUGAUGGUCAGGAACUGGCAGUGAAGGUGUACAAGACAUCUGUUCUUGUUUUUAAAGAUAGGGACCGAUAUGUACAAGGGGACUACCGUUUCAGAAAUGGUUACUGCAAGAACAACCCUAGGAAAAUGGUAAAAACUUGGGCAGAAAAAGAAAUGAGAAACCUCAUGCGAGUAAAAGCUGCAGGAAUUCGAUGCCCGACACCAUUGCUCUUGAGGCUUCAUGUUCUGGUCAUGGAAUUCAUAGGAAAAGCAGGCUGGGCUGCACCUCGCCUUAAGGAUGCUGCAUUGUCUGAAGAUAAGUUGCACGAAUGCUAUGUGGAGAUUAUUACAACAAUGCGAACAUUGUACCAGAAGUGUAAAUUGGUACAUGGAGACUUAAGUGAAUACAACAUACUUUAUUUUGAGGGUCACUUGUACAUAAUUGAUGUUUCCCAAUCAGUAGACCUUGAUCACCCCUGUGCUCUGGAAUUCCUGAAAGAAGAUUGUGUUCAUGUUUCAGAUUUUUUCAGAAAAAAUGGAGUGUCCGUAAUGUCUGUCAAGGAAUUACUUGACUUUGUCAUUGAUGCAUCUAUUGCUGAUGAAGAUGUGGAUGAUUAUCUAGAAAAGAUUCAGCAAAUGGUUUUAGAAAGAGGAGAGACAGUUAACCGAGAUGAAAUUGCACCUACUGUGUUUGUGCAGACCGUUGACUAUGUUAAAAAGUGUGAGGAGGAUCUAGUUCAGAUGGCCAUGCUCCAACGGCCGUCGUUGGCAUAUCAGCUGAAAGCAGAAGAGAUUUAUGAUCAACCUUUGCUAGGAUUUGUACAUACUAGAAAUGAAUGUAACCAACAACAUCAACAAAUCUCAGAUAGAGCAAAUGGUCCCUCAAAUUUGUUAGAGGAUAAGCAGACAGAACGACCUAUGCAAGGCACUGUUGAAGUUGGAACCGAAGAUGAAUCGACGUCUGAAGAAGAUACCGAUGGGGAUGGUUCGUCGUUUGAGAGCGAGCACGAGAUGGGCCCGGAGGAGAAAAGAGCUGCUCGGAAAGAACACAAGAAGAAAGUUAAAGAAGAGAAGAGAGAACAAAGGAAGAAUAAAAAGUUCUCCAAGGCUGAGAAGAAGCGGCGAAAGAAAUUGGCUAAAGCCAAGUGUCGAAGGUAACUUCUAAAGACAAGUAUAACACCAUGCUGCGAUCAUUCCUCCAUGUUUUUUUGGUAAGAGUUUGUGUUCCAUGUGGUGUUAUGCUGA